GUUGAUUGUGUGUAUAUUAGAGCUCCAAUAUAUCAUUUCUUUAGAAAUGGUUGCGUGCCAGCUCUCGCCCAUAUUGUUGUACAACGUUUAAAAUGUGCCGAGUUUGUCAUUAGUUUACCUAAAGAUUCUCAAGGGCCUUCUGAUCAUAAAGAUAUUUAUAGUAUGAAUUUUUACGAUUUUUUGAAAAUAGUUCACCAGAAAGGCAAAAAACUAGAACAAAAGCGUAAAAAAGAAGAACGGAAGACAGUGCCUCCUGGAGGUGGUAGAGAUGCCAGAAGUCAGGAGGCAUCCUCUGUAUGUAGCUCACUCCUUAACAACCUUAAGGAAAAUGAGGAUAUACUUAGUAAGGUCUUUAUGUUUCAGUUGCUUACAUCAACAUGCAAUGAUGAAGCAUUGAAACACAUCAAAGAGUUGGAUUUAACCUUUCUUCUCUAUCUUCUGACCAAUGAUAUUCUGCAAUUUCCAUUGGAUCAGAAUCUUUUUGAGGCUAUUAAUCAGAUAAAAAAAAUUAGAAAUGAUGUGUUUCACAAGGGAUCAAGCUAUAAGUUUCAUGAUGUGGUUUAUACUUUAAACUUGUUAAGUGAUGCCACACAAGAAAUAUAUAAUUAUUCUGGUGUAAAUACAAACAUUGACAAAAUGAAGCAGGAAUCUUUGAAAGAAAUAGAUAAGAGAGGUGACCAGUUUUCUACUCAAAUUUUUGAGGAACUAAAGGAAGAGAUAGACAAGAGUCGCAGGUGCUCAAAACAUCAUGUUUUACCAGACAUCAUUCAUUAUGGGAGUGAUUUGCAGUGUACAUCACUUGUUGACAACCUCUGGAAGUUUAUAAAUGACUACAAAACAACACAACCAUUUAUAAUCUGUGGAGCUCCUGGGGCUGGUAAAACAUCUGUUUUGAUAAAUCUAGCUGAUCAGUUUACUCAGAAUGUAGAUACUUCAGAUUUCUCAUUAAUUUUCUACUUAGAUACUUGUUGCAGGUUUACAAGAAAUAUAAUGUGGAGUCAGGUAUUUGAGAUCUUGACACAUCAUGCUUGUAAAACAGAAAGCAGGUAUGGGAGAAGUUUGGUAGAAGAUACUAUACAAAUUCAUGCUGAUAAGAUUCUUUUCCUGCUCGACUGGAACCUCCAGUGUGUAGAGGACAAAUUGGUUGAUGUGGAGUGGGGAACGUGGGUCAUCACUUUGCAAGGUACCCAUACAAUACCUUCAUAUUGUCACUUACUUAAGGUCUUGCCACUGAAUGAAAAUAAAGUAGAGCAGAUAUUACAAAGCAUCAGUUAUGUGAAUGAAUCAAGGCAUAUAUGUGAACAAUACAAGAAGUGCAAAUUCAAGGGACUUCUCGACACUCCAGACAUGGUUAGUAUAUUUCACGAGAUUGGAGGAAAUGCUCAAUGUGAGACAAUAUUGGAACAUUUUAUAGAAAGGAAGGUUGGUCAUUUAGAAGAUUUUCAUGAAGAGUUGAUUAAACUUGGGAAAGCUGCAUUUUGUUUGAUCUUAAAUAAUAGAAUGCUUUAUAAUAGUGAUGAUCUCCAGGAUAUAAGAGAUGAAGUGAAAAAGCCAUUCUUUGAAUAUCAUGAUGAGUAUGCUAGUUUUCGCUACAGAGUUAUAGAAGAUUUCCUCUCUGCCAAAUAUGUUAUUUCUCAGCCCAAGGAAGCGUGCAAGAAAUGGCUUAAACAAGUUCCAUUGUUUAAAAGAGUUUUUAGAAUUACUUGUGCUAUGUGGACUAAGGAUGAGCAGAGUAUUCAGAAUAAUUUACCAUUAAUUAAGUCUUAUCUUCUGAAGUUGUUUGGUAUUGAAGUGCCAAACCAAGAACACAAGAAACGGAAUAAGAAAAAAGCAAGUAAACACACUUGUCAGAAUUCCAACUCAAACAACAAUGAAGAGUCUAUGGACAUUGACUUGCCUGAAGGUGCUACUUCUACUGCUGAAUCUAGUGACAACACUAAGAAGUGUGGCAAUAAAACAUCGUUUACAAUGUGGUCUUUUAUAGUUAAGCUUACUGAGACUUGUCAGUAUCGGCAGGAAAUUGUCGAACUGCUAGCAGAAAUGUUAGCUAGUAAGAAUUCAUGGGUAUUGAAGUGUAAAUGCCUAGAUGAAAGUAAUAUAGAUAAAAUAGCUGAAAUAUUGAAGAAUGUCAAAAUAACAAAACACUUAACAAUUAAGCUAGAGAGCGGCUCCAGUGCAAGAACUUUAAAGAAGGUCUGGAAUAUGCUCAGUACAUUAGCUGAGUUGGCCAAGCAUGCUUUCAUCCAGAUAAUGAUUAUUCAAAAGGAUUUUCUUCCAGCAUUUCAUAAAGAAAGGUUAAAGGAACUUUCAUGUGCAAUAGCCAAUUGCAGAGACACUCAAUUAAACAUCACUAAAUAUGUUGGGCCUUUCAUCUGUUCUGGAAUUCCUCAAUUUUUCAAAUGUUUGUGUAUGCAGAAACUGGAGGUCUUGGAUGUUUGUGUGUAUGAUAUUGCUACAUUACAAGAGAUUCUAUCAUGUACAGGCUUGUCAUGUCUUAGAAAAGUUUGGGUACGAGUUGUUCUCAAGGCUAAUGAACAGGAUAUUAAAGAUGGUGUCAGGUUUUGUGUACUGGAACCUAUCCCACUAAAUCUCACAAUCAAAUAUUUUGAUAGGCUGCAAGAGCUUCUCGAUAAAUUUGAUCCCCCUCAUAAUGUUACAUCUCUGAGUAUACAUGAUGUAUAUAUACAUAAAGCCUUCAAGAUUGAUCUCUCUCAUUUCAAAGAUUUAAUAUGUUUGUUUGUAAGAUUUAUACCUGGAGCAAAGACUGCUAAAGAAAUUGCCAGAAAUCAAGAGCCCAUGGAGACAACAGAGAUAGAAGAAAAGAAUGAAAGAACAAAGAAGAUGCCAUUUAAUGAGUGGGCACUCCAGGUAAAACUAAAUCUUACUUUACCUGAAAGAUUACAGCGAUUGAUGCUAAGAAACGUGGAAUUCUAUAAUAAUACAAAUUACUUUGUGCUGGACAACUAUUUUAAUAAAUAUCCUGGUAUGCAGAGACUGAUCAUUGAGGAUUCAUCACUUUCUAUAACUGGAGUCAGAAAACUGCUAAAUGAACAUGUUAAGCAGAUGCAGCAGACUCUAUUUAAUAGUGGGGAUAUAGAGCAUUCAUUAAAACGAUGUAAAAUAGAUAGAAGAGUUUCAUCCCAGUUAAAGGAAUGGCAUAGAAAGAGGCCACGGCUUGAGAAAGAAGAACGUGAUGGAAAACGAAAGAACAAACCUGACGGAUGGGAGCUAAUAAUCACAAGCAAUUUUUCUUUAUGUGAAAGUUGCAAAACGUUCCCAUGCUCAUGUCUUCAGCAGGAUGGAGAAGACCAUAGAGACACUCUUGAGGAUUUUAUUAACCUCAUUGAAGAUGUAUAUGAUUAUGAUAUUCUCAGUUUCAGCUACACUAGUCCACUUGUAACUGUUAGGAAGGAUAUGUGUGAAGAUCUGAGGGUACAUUGCCCUCUGACACGGCUAACUGAUGAUGCUGUCAACAGACUCUCUCUAGAUAAUGAAGAAACAAGGGAUAUUAUGAAUUGGUUUUUCCAGACACUGACUCUGGCUCAGUCCAUCUGUUUAUAUGACACUGACCUCACUUACGAAGGUGCAAUGGCAGUUGUUGAACAUCUGAAACUAGGAAAAAUGAGAUAUAAUUAUGCAAAAGAUGUAGAGCCAUUUCAUCUCACAAUAAUGUCUACUUAUCAUUCAAAAUCUGAGGAUGAAACUCUCAAUAGUACUUUCUUAAAUUUCCUAAAGAAUGAAACGUGUUUAGCUCAGCUUAACUUUUGGUGUUCUUGUGAGAGGCAGUGCCAUCGUAUAAAGAAAGCUUGCACGGGUAAUAUUUUCUUCAAUGGUGAGCAGAUAAAACUUAAUAUUGAGACUGAAUAAAUAAUGUGUGAUACUAAGAAUGAGCAAGUAAUGCAUAGUGCUGUACUAGAAAUGAGUAAAUAUAGUACAGUAGGGCCCCACUCAUAUGACAGGUUAGGUUCCAGGAUUCUGCCAGAAAGUGGAUAUUGCCAUAAAGCAGAACGCCAUUUUAUCCACUUAUAAAUGCAUGUAAGUGCCAGACAACAAGUUUACACUAACUUGUAUUAAGUUAGUAAUAGAACUAGGCAUUAAAAAACAUAAUAAAAGUAAAAUGCAUACACAGUACAUUCAUUACUUACCUUAAAAUAUUUGUAGUCUUAAUGUAGGAUGAGAGGUGAAUAGUAUUAAUUUGUAGGAAGUCAGGUGUAGGUAGCCCUGCCUCCCCGUCCCAAACUUAAUUAAUGUACAAUAUUUAAAUCAGCCCAGAGAGAUAAAAUACACAUGCAGUACACUCAUUAUUUACCUUAAAAUAUGUGUAGUCUUAAUGUAGGAUGAGAGGUGAGUAGAAUUUAUUUGUAGGAAGACAGGUGUAGGUAGCCGGUAAACGUAGGUAGCCGGUAGGUAGCCUGGGCUACAUAGCUAUACAAUAUUUAAUGCAGCCCAGACCCAUAUUCUUAUCAUUGACAUACCAUGUUCGCUGAGUUGAACCGUUUCAAACAACUUCCUUUUGACGCCAUCAUAAACGAAGGAAGAAAUAAUGAAUAAUUCAUGCUGAACAAUUCACAAAAGCAUUGUGUGUUAAGGGAAGUGACUCGGCCAAAGACAGAUUCAUACAAGUUUUCUCUGAUGCUGGACCAGAGAAAAUAACGUUUUCCCUCCGCCCAACUACCACACGUCAUAAGCAUAAACAUAGCAUUUUUAUUUACUAUGUAAUGUGUUUCUUAUAUAAUUUUGAAGAAAAUAUUGUAGAUUAAUGAAAAUGUCAAUAUUAAUGUAAAAUAAGACAUUUAAUGUGCCCAAGAGUGAUUAUUAUUAUGUAUUAGUAUUAUUACUAUAGCGUUAAGACUAGAGGGACACUCUUAGUGAUUUUAAUGUGUUAUUGCAUGCCAGCACGGGUACACAUAAGUAUAAUUAUCAGGGUACAGUGGAACCUCGGGCUAUGAACGCCCCACCAUGCGAAUUUUUCAGGAUACGAACUGUCGUUCGGUCGAUUUUUUGCUUCAGGAUACGAAAGAAAUUUCAGGAUGUAAACUUCCCCUUCAAGGGAGGUUCCUUAAAUAAAUAAAUAAAUAAAACAUAUAUUUCUUUGCAAAGGUUACAAUGUGUGUUUACAUAUCAUAAUAUGAUUGGAGCAAAGAAAGCCACUAUCAUGCCAAGGCAUUUCGGGCAGAAAUGCCUACUUAAGACUACUUAAGUCUAGACAGGUGCAAAGUGUACUAGUAGUAGUUACCAAUGUUUUGCUGAUGGUGGCGCCAACUACUGGCAGCCUUUUGAAGUUUCUCCUUACUGUUAUUAUUAUUAUUACUAUUAUAUUGUAUUAUUAUUCUUAUAAUUAUUAUUAUUAUUAUUAGUAGUAGUAGUAGUAGUAGUAGUAGUAGCACAUACAUAUGUGGUGAGGGGCUCUUGAUCUAGGGAAUUUGAUCUGUGCUACAGGUCCCUAAAUUAAUAAUAAUAAUAAUAAUAAUAAUAAUUAUUAUUAUUACUAUUAUUAUUAUUAUUAUUAUAAUACUUAUGUACUAAUAAUAAUGAUAAUACAUUAUAAUAAGUAUGUAUAAUAGUAUAUAAAUAGGUAGUAGGUUGGUAGACAGCAACCGCCCAGGGAGGUACUACCGUCCUGCCAAGUGAGUGUAAAACGAAAGCCUGUAAUUGUUUUACAUGAUGGUAGGAUUGCUGGUGUCUUUUUUCUGUCUCAUGAACAUGCAAGAUUUCAGGUACGUCUUGCUACUUCUACUUACACUUAGGUCACACUACACAUACAUGUACAAGCACAUAUAUACACACCCCUCUGGGUUUUCUUCUAUUUUCUUUCUAGUUCUUAUUCUUGUUUAUUUCCUCUUAUCUCCAUGGGGAAGUGGAACAGAAUUCUUCCUCCGUAAGCCAUGCGUGUUGUAAGAGGCGACUAAAAUGCCGGGAGCAAGGGGCUAGUAACCUCUUCUCCUGUAUAUAUUACUAAAUGUAAAAGGAGAAACUUUCGUUUUUCCUUUUGGGCCACCCCGCCUUGGUGGGAUACAGCCGGUGUGUUGAAAGAAAGAAUAGUAUAUAAUAAUAAAAAUAAUAUAUAAUAUAAUAAUACAUAAUAUUACAAUAAUAAUUAUAAUAAUAAUAAUAGUACAUAUAUGUACGUACUGUGUAUAAUUUAGUUUGACAACACCACCACCAGACAGCAGUGUCAAUCAAAACAAUGGUCACCAGUGCACAUGUGCUUACAGUGUUACCCUCGCGGUGCAAGGAAUUCUUGUGAUUUCCUGACGUUUUGUGCAGUUAUUUCGCCAGAUUUCUUUCUUCUGACCAUGGGUCCCAAGAAAGCAAGUGCAAUGGACAGUGCCGAGAAGAAAAAGAGGAUGAUUUGCAUGGAAUUAAAGCAAGAAAUGAUUAAUAAGCACAGACUAGGUACGAGGGUUGAGGACUUAACGAGUUGAGUACAAGCGUAGCCCCUCUAUUAUAUGUAAAAUACUAAAGCAGGAGUCUAUAAAGGCUAUGGUGCCAGCAAAGGGCGUUACAGUAAUUUCUAAGCAGUGGAUCUCUGUCAGUGAAAAGAUGGAAAAGCUGCUGUUGAUAUGGUUGACGGAGAAACAGCUCACAGGAGAUACGUAGUGUAGUGAGAUAAGCAUAAAAAUUGUACAUAACAGUUCUUAAGAUUAUUAUUAUUAUUAUUAUAAUCAAGGGGGAAGCACUAAACCCAUAGGAUUAUACAGUGCCUGGGGGGGAAGGUAUUCAAGCUUAAUUCGGGGAACUGGAGCACAGAUCCAAUUCCCUAAAUCAAGAGCCCCUCACCAUCAUCAAGCAGCCUUCCUUGAGGGGCAGUUCUUCACCCUUUUGGGGUUUCGGCCGUACUAGUACAGCUUACGCGCAGGGGUUUUUGACAUACUAGUACACAUAAAUUCUAGCGCUGUCAAAUCUAGUUAGAGAAAGCUGGUAGGCCUACAUAUGAAAGAAUAGGUCUGUGUGGUCAGUGUGCACAGUAUAAAAAAAUCCUGCAGCACACAGUACGUAAUGAGAAAAAAAAACUUUGACCGUGUUUUUGGAUUAAAACAGCGACUUUGCACUGUAAUUUCCUAUGGUAUUUAUUGUUGUAUUUUAGUUUUCCUGGUCUCAUUUUAUAGAAUGGAAGACAUGUUACAGAAAUUGAGAUGAGUUUGACUGAUUUUACAAUGAAAAGUACCUUGAAAUUGAGCUCAAAGUAGCAGAAAUGUUCGAUUUUUACCAAAGAUCAAAAGUAAACAAAUCAUGCCAAGCGUCCAAUACACGUCAACUGGUGAGUCUAAUAUUCUUUCACAAGUGCACUGAUAUUAUUUUUACCAUUUCUACACUAAUGCAGUAGUCUGCAUAACAGUAAAUCUUCUAUUUUUUUGUGAGAAUAAAAAUUCAAAGUGGAAAGCAAAAGAAAUGUAAGAGGGAUCUGGGGACGUGACUAAUGAACAGAUUAAAUGUUAUUUUAGUGCCAGGAAUGUCUUUCUUGUUUAUUCUGGACUCUAUUUGGAAAUUGGCAUCUUUUGAAAUUUGUGUGAAAUUGGCAAAAUUGCUAAAUUCUGACCACUGUAUUCGAUAGUUGAAAUCAGUGAAUGGGUGGUUUCUUGUACUCAUUCGAUAGAAAAGAUGGAGUUCUAGCGAAAUAGUUAUGAUUUUUGUAGACUAGUACACUGGAAUUGGCCGAAAAUAGGGCUCAAAGUGGGCAAAAUCGCUGAUGCGUACUACAUCAUCGAGACCACUAACUUCACGAGAGCAUAUUUCCGUAAGUUUUCCAUCAAAUUUCAUACUUUUGGUGUCAUUAUGAUCAGGAAAGGAUUCUCUGUCUUUUCAUAAGAAACAAUAAUUUUUUUUUUUUUUAAAUUUGGGGACCCUAAGAACAAGUCUCUGAGAGGACCUGCUGACCCCCAAAGGGUUAAGAAAAGUGUGAACUCCUGACAGAAUAUUCUGCUCUGCAUUUCUUCUCCAAGGUAUGUAAAUGCCGUAUGUACACCAGAUCUAAUUCAGUUAGCCUCACAAAUACCGUUUUCUCUUGCAACACGUCUGACGUUUUCAUAGCAAGAAUAUGCGAUCACUCCCGACCACAUUCCUCCUCCCUCCGCCGUCCAUGUAAUGACAUAUUUUAUUCAUUCUAGAGUGUAUAUCAGAUUUCUAUGUUUUUUAUAUUGUUUAUUAUGUCAUAUUAGAUGAAUUGUGACAGAUAAAUAAGCCGUAGAGUUGAUAUUAGGGUUAUUUUGUCAUGCCUCCCGAGAGCAGGAAUUCAGCUGGAACGAAUUAAUUGCACUGCAGUUAAUUUAAAUGAGGAAAAUUGACCCAGCAUACGAACAAAUCAGGAUACGAACAAGUCAAUGGAACAGAUUAAAUUCGUAGCCCGAGGUUCCACUGUACAUAUAAAAUAUGCAAUAACUUUAAAACACUUGAAAUUUUGAAAAGUUUCUGGACAUAAUAGAGAGAUGUACUCACGGAGAGUAUUAACAAACCGGAUGGGGUGUGCCGUAUCAGAAAAAUAGGUUGCCGUAUAGAGUUUUGGUCAUAAUUUGAAAUCGCCAUAUUAGCAGAAUACUACUGUAAAGUGGGACCUUGCUGUAUAUAAAAUACACUGUAACUUUAAAGCACUUAAAGUACUGAAAAGUUUCUAGACAUAAUGGAGAAACAUGAAGCUCACAGAGGAUGGAAACAGAGUGGUGCACAGAGACUGUAUUAGAGAGUCAGGUGGGGAGAGCCGUAUAAUGGGUUUUGUUCAUAAUUUGAAAUGUCCAUAUUAGUGAAACUCCAUAAGGCAAAAUGCAUGAAGUGGGGCCUUACUGUACACAGCGACUGUGUAAAAAAUGCUUCCCUCAAGAGCCUUAUUUAAGUUAAUUUUAUAAGUGUUUUAUUUAGGUUUUGGGUACAUAUCAUACAGUUGUUUUUCACAGUAGCCAUGACAGUGUACAGUUUUUCUUAUUAACACACCGGUUGAAGAUUGAGACUUAUGCAACAUAUGGGAAUCUUUAUUCAGGAAACGUUUCGCCACACGGGGGCUUCAUCAGUCCAAUACAAAGUAGAAAGGCGUAAGGA